AUGAAACAGCGAUAUUUACAACAACUGAACGGGGAUCCACGAUGUUUAAAAGUGGAAAUGGAUGAUGCGAAGAUACCGGCAAUCUCAAUGACAACUGUCAGAUUGGAUAACGCUCCUAGAGAGGAAUCCUGUAUAUAUCCCCACAGCAUUAAUAAUUUCUUGGAAGAGAGACCGUCAGAGGGCAAAGAAGAUUGCAUUCAGAGCAUCAUUGAAUGGGAAUUUGAUGACACAAAAAAAACUCUGGGAUUACGGCAACAGUGCAGAAACCAAUUCGUGGCUCCAGUUAUCCCAGUAGAGGUAGGACCUUUCAAUAAGAACACACACAAUUUCAACAGUAAUACAACAAACAAUGGAAUUAUGCCCCAAUUGUCAGAAGAUGAUGAAUUACAAUGUGAAAAAAAAGAUUUGCCUGAACUUCUUUCCUUGUUGAAAGAUAAAUAUAUGUAUCAUGGUGAAACAAACAAAAAUAUUCUAUAUGAUUAUGAGAUUGAGAGAUUUGCCAAACUUUAUUGUAUUACCAAUUUUUACCUUUCUCAUUUAGAUAGUAUGAUGAUAUGUGAAGAACAUGAUAUGAAAGAGGCCCUGAUUAACUUUCUUUUUCAUGAGAAAAAUCUUUACUACAUUGAAGAAUACACUCUUAGAUUGAUACCAGUAAAAAAAGCUAAAGAAGAAGCUAAAAAAUGGUAUGAAGAAAAUAAACAUACCACAACUAAAAUUGUAAUAACUGAUGAAUUACUAAAACCAUUAGAAGAAAAAAAGAAUGAAUUCAAUAAAGGUGUGAAACAAAAGAAGAAAAAAUAA